ACUGGGGUGUUGCCCCGUCUUCGUUUCCCUUCUGCGUUGUGGGCUUUAUCAUUAGUUUUGUAGCUAAUGUUUCUUACCCCAAGCGAUAUAUUACACAUUGCACGAUGACGAGCAGACCGAUACGAAAUUCGACAUUCCAAACUGCCUGACGGAACUUAAAACGACAAAUCGGCGCAAGUUGUCGUAUCGCCCGUUGAUCCGUUCUGUAAACGCCCACCCCACAUGCCCGUUAACGGAUAAUUCAUGAAAGUUGCCCCCAAUCACUCACCUGUCCCGUCUGCCUCCAGCCGGCAGCGCAAAUGAGCUCCGUGAUCAGUUGAGCCCUACUCGCGCUCCCUUGCUGGACCCUUCUCGAACUUUCACUUUCACCAUGUGACUUUCGGGAAAUCAGGCAGGUCUUUCUUGUCCGAAGCCCCCCUUUUCUGGGUGAAAUUUGCACUCGAUUCGUACUUCAAAAAGUAAAGAUCGUCCUCAUCGAGAGUUGCAGGCGACAGCAAACUACGCGGGUGAGCACUGGAAACGCCACGGUCACCGCAGGUCAAGUUCGGCUGGAGCUCUAGCACCUCGGUAAUGUGUGACAAAGUGGAGCCACACCUUAGCCAUGCUGAGCAGAGUGCUAAUGUCAGCCAUUUUAUGGGUGCCAUUCCAUGUUUUUGCACAAAAUGCUGAAGCCACACUUCACAUCAUAACUGCGUCUGCAGGUGAAGAUGUUCUUCUGCCUUGCACAUUUCCACCUCAGGACUGGAGAGACCCCAGAAACUUCCUGAUCAUUAAGUGGCAGCAUGGCUCCUCAAUUAUUUAUCACUAUGAAGAUGAGGAGCACAGGCCAGAAUGGGGACUGGAAAGGUUCAGAGGGAGAAUCCAGAUGUUUCACAAAGAGAUCUCCAAAGGAAAUGCAUCUGCUCUUUUGACAAAUGUCCACCUGGAAGAUUCUGGGAAGUAUGUGUGUAUGGUUAUCUGGAUAUCCAGUUAUAAGGAAACUCAGCUGCAGUUAUCCGUGAGUGGAGAGGACAUGCCAAGUGCUCAAGUGAUCAUCGUUGGAUUGUCCACCUUGCUUGUGAUGAUUUUACUGCUUUCAUUGUUAAAAUCUAAGCGCCUGGAGAAGCGUUACAGGUCACUUGGCAAAUUGAAUUGCUGAAAGGGUCCAAUAACUGAGAACCAGUCCGACACCAUUCAGUCCUGCUCUACUGUGUUUCACCAUGAUGAGAUCUGACCACUCUGUUCCAGAAGGUUUAUUUCGUCAGGAGGAUGACACCUGUCAUUUGUCUGAGGAACAUUACGAAAACAUUUGGAAAACAUGUGGUGUCAUUCACAAUGGCGGUUCCCAGCUGAAAGAGACCAAUGUGAGGGAGCCAUCUUCCAAAAAAAGACUGAUAUGAAACAGAAGAGAGGAAUCCUUGGAGGACGGCUUGAUUGCUUGGACCUUUCCACCAUUUACACAGUCAGGUCUGAUUAACAUGGAACCAAGACAUGAGAUUAACAUCAAGGUAACCCAAGGAAAUGUCAUUGUCCAUCAGUGCCCAUUGCAGUCUGUCCUCACUGUGUAUAGUACAUCUUGGUGUGGCACCUGCUCAGCCCAGAGCUGCAGAACCUUACAUAUGUUGGUGAGGUUGACUUUAAAACGGAAAACGUGUAUGCUAAACACCUCUGCUCAUCCUGCAUGGCUGCUUUUUAGGACCCUUAGCCCUUGCCUCAUUAGUGUUCUGCCAAGAUAUGAAAAAUGGCAGGAUGGCUCACAAAAUUAAACAUUUAGAAACAGGCAAGGGUCAAAACCAGGACAGCAAUCCCAUCUUUAAUGACCACCAAAAUGUAAAUCAAAACUCAAUGCUCGAUAAACAAGAACUUCAGUUUGUUCGCCAAAAAUCAAUGGCAAGAAUUGCACUUGACUUUCAGAAAGAAUUAGAGGAUAUGUCAUAGGUCAUGUGACACAAUGGCAAAGUGGAGUAUUGCAAAACAAAAGCAAUUCAUUAUUUAAAGAAAGUUUAUUUAAAAAAAAUUAACAUAAAAAUAUGGAGGCCCAAUAUUUUAAAGUAGCAGGGGCUACCCAGCACUAUCCAGGGUAGAACAAAUUGCAGUUAUGGUCACUAAACAAAUCCAGGGGAAAAUAUUUUUUUGCUACAAACUCCUCCUAGGGAGCACUUCCCAAAUACAGCCUAGGUGUGCUCACUAAAUAAAGUUCCCCCAGGAACAAAUGGGGAAACUGCUAAAUUUGUCAGAGAGGGGUUUAGCAAUGUGGAUUUGCAUACCGGACAAACACGCAUCUGGCUUUAUAUGAAAGAUCUACAUAUUGCUUAAAAAAUCUUUAUUGACUUUAGAGAAAAUAAAUAAAUUCUAACACCUUGUAACAAUUAGGUUAAGGGAUGAUUCUACCUUCAGGUCAUAAGGCUACUCAGGAGACAUCCACACUGACCACUACAUGAGCAUUUCUUCAAUCUUUUGCCUGUUAUAAUUCAUGUCUGGUGUUGUUGUAUUUAAUGUCUUUUGUACUACUGACCCUAGCCAAUGAAAGAUAUGCAAAUAAGAAUCUCACCAUACUUUCCACACAUGAACAUAAAUUAGAACCUGAACAGGGUUACUGAUUGUCACUAUUCCUUUCAGUGUGGUCAAGAUGGCUAGAACUUCCCACAUUUUUAUAGACACUGUCACACACGUGCAAUUGGAAGGCAGUUAAAGGGCCUGAAUAAUAGUAAUUCCAGACCAGGGGGUGGCGAAGUGCACUGACUUUCUCUCUCAAUCCUCUGCAGACCAUCCAUGGGAAAUCUCGUAAGGUUCCGACCCCACUCGGAAACUCAGCCCCCGGUACCUGGUUAAUUUUUAGGUCCUGUCCCUAUCUCUUCAGGGCUUCUUGCAUCCUGUCGACUACGCCACUGUCACAAUAAAAAUUGAAAGACAUCAAAAAGGUUUGGGACAGCCACCCGUAUAUUGUGCUCUGAGUAAAUUAGCUCAUGAGAUGUUCACAGGUCUGAGUCCAAAACAGGAAGAGAGGAAUAAUUGGAGGAUGGCUUGAUUGCUUGGACCUUUGCAAAAUUUAGACAGUCAGGUCUGAUUAACAUGGAACCAAGACAUGAGAUUAACAUCAAGGUAACCCAGGGAAAUGUCUGUCCUCACUGUGUAUAGUACAGCUUGGUGUGGCACCUGCUCAGCCCAGAGCUGUAGAACCUAACAUAUGUU